CGAAUAAUAGAACUACAAUAAUGGCUUUACAGUAAAAACCCGUCCUCUUAGACAUUCAUGCCUCGCAUUUGUAGCAGAAACAGUGCUGGUGAAAUAAGAUAUCUUUCUCAUACAUUUCAUAACGACAGAGCAGACAAAGAUACAACGUGUCCAUACUACAGAUAACCAGCAGUAGAAAUGCCUCGCAUUGAGAAUGACAUCAAGUUGGACUUCAAGGACGUACUUCUCCGUCCGAAACGAAGCACACUCAAGUCCCGUAGUGAGGUGGACCUGAUGAGAAGUUACACCUUCAGGAACUCCAAGGGAAGCUACAGAGGAAUCCCCAUCGUUGCAGCCAACAUGGACACUGUCGGCACCUUCGAGAUGGCUCUGGCUUUGUCCAAGUUCACACUCUUCACUACCAUUCACAAGCACUAUUCAGUAGAUGACUGGAAGGAGUUUGCAACAAAGAAUCCAGAAUGUGUACCGAGUAUGGCAGUCAGCACAGGGACAGGUGAAGGGGACUUUGACAAGCUGGGUGAGGUCAUAGCCGCUGUGCCUCAGCUCCAGUACAUCUGUGUGGAUGUGGCCAAUGGCUACUCUGAGCACUUUGUCCACUUUGUGAAAGACGUGCGUCAGAAGUACCCGACACACACCAUCAUGGCGGGUAAUGUGGUUACCGGGGAGAUGGUGGAGGAGCUGAUCCUCGCUGGCGCUGACAUCAUCAAAGUGGGCAUCGGACCAGGCUCUGUGUGCACCACCCGUAAGAAAACAGGGGUGGGUUAUCCCCAGCUGAGCGCUGUGAUAGAGUGUGCAGAUGCUGCCCACGGUCUGGGCGGACACAUCAUCUCUGAUGGUGGAUGCACUUGCCCUGGUGACGUUUCCAAGGCUUUUGGUGCCGGGGCGGACUUUGUGAUGCUGGGCGGGAUGCUGGCCGGCCACUCAGAGAGCGGGGGCGAGGUCAUCGAGAAGAACGGGAAGAAGUACAAGCUGUUCUACGGCAUGAGCUCCGACACGGCCAUGAAGAGACACGCCGGGGGUGUGGCCGAGUACAGGGCAUCUGAAGGGAAGACGGUAGAGGUAGUCUACAAGGGUCCCGUGGACGUGACCAUACGGGAUGUCCUGGGGGGGGUACGCUCCACCUGUACCUACGUGGGUGCAGGGAAGCUCAAGGAGCUCAGCCGCAGGACCACCUUCAUCAGGGUCACCCAGCAGCUCAACACCGUCUUUGGGAACGAUAACUAGGCGAGGCCCAGGCUGGUUCACACACACACACACACACACAUCCACACACCAUACCGUUGAUAGUAAGAAUCAGUCAUUUGAGAAACUUAAACCUAGGAUAAAUGUUUGGUUACCAAAACCAAAACCUUUUUAGAUAAUACUAUCAAACAAUCCCUUAUCUAAGAGUCAUAUUUAAGCAAAAGGCAUUAGGCGAGGGCUGUUCUUAAGCACGACGCAACGCGGAGUGCCUGUAUACAAGCCCUUAGCCGUGGUAUAUUGGCCAUAUACCACAAACCCCCGAGGUGCCUUAUUGCUAUUAUAAACUGAUUACCAACGUAAUUAGAGCAGUAAAAAUACAUAUUUUGUCAUACCAAUCAGCAUUCAGGGCUCGAAUCCACCCAGUUCAUAAUUCAACUUUAAACAUAUUUGACUUAUUCUAAACUGCCAUAAAUGUACAUUUCUUGGUAAUAAGUGAACUGAGGGCACUUCAGGACGUAUUCCAGGUUUUUCUUUUGUCAUCUUGCUCAAUCAUUCCCAUUCAGCUCUGGGGGCCGUGAGUACAGGCUUCCUCUAUGUCCAACAUUAUCUACCACGUCCUAUCAUUUCGCGUGAUCUUGCUCUCUCUCUCUUUACCUCUCAAUCCCCCGUUUUCCUAACACUUCUAUGCACAUCCCUGUUUUUCAAGACAUCUCAUCGCCAUGCUGUUUGAAAACCAUGUGCCAUAAAUUAAUAUACAGUAUUUCACUGUAUGAAGUAUGUACUAUAUCGAGAUUGCAAGCGUUAAAAACAUCGGGCUACAUACAGUGAAGAGAUUCAGAUGUUCAUAAUAAUGACCAAUACAGCUGAUUUAAAAUAUUUCAGAUUAUUUUGUCCUUUUCAAAAUAACUUAAAUAUAUAUAAAUAAAUAAUAUAAAUAUAUAAAUAUUGCACUUAAUGAUUUGCAAUGAUGUGGUAUUCCAGUCAUUUUCCCCAUAGCAAGUUAGUUUUUCUGCUAUUCUCAUGCGGACCAAAUAUUAAAGCGAGGAGGAAAUAGAUACUGAAUGACAAUACUGACAAACAGGUGUUUCGUGUACUGUACAGCUACAGCAGAAACUUGGUCACUCAAAUUACACACAGCAUGUUGACGGGAAACUGUUGUGGAAUACAAAAUGUAGGGGUGCAAAAUUCCUGUAACUUUCCCCAAAUUCCCAGGUUUUCCAGAAGUCCUGAGUGGAACUUGGAAGAUUCCCAGAAUAUGGCAGGAAAAGCAGGAAAUCCAGCAAACCUCCAACCAGGAUUUCUGGAGAACUUGGGAAUUUUGGGAAAGUAACUGGAAUUUUGCAACCCUAAUUCAAAGUAUUGUAGAGACCUUAACACAACACCUAGCGACCUCAUCAAGAGGUUCGGACUUCUUAGCGUAAUGGUUAAGGUGUUGGCUUGACCGUCGCUGGACAUGGUUCGAGUCCUUGUCAGGGCUCCCUCCUGAAUUCGCUACAGUAUGUUUUGACGGUAAGGAAGGCAGGACCGCUUUGAGUGUUACCUCGACUUACUGUUCAUUUCUCACUUUUGUCAAUUAGACAAGAUAGAAUCUCCACGCAAUCAGUAUUCACAUUAUUACUUUACUGGAUAUUCAGUUUCUUUGCUAGAAUGUUGUCUAUGCAUUAUUAUUUUAAGGUGUGUAACUGAAUAGUUUUCAUUAUGUCUGUCUAUUUACUUUACUUCAUAGUGUUUUCCAGGAUGAUUCCUGUUCAUAUGUUUUGGUAUUAGUCAAACAUGUCAUGCUGUUUUUAAGCCAUACUUGUUGUUGUUUCAGUCUUGUCAGUUCUGACCAGUCGGAUAAACACUCCAAACAGCCUACCCGACCGCUCGGGGUCGUCCGCAUGGUCCUAAAGCACACCGUUGCCUCGUUUUGUAUCACAUUCCAAAAAUAAAACUGGGGGGGACAAAAAUUUAAAUUCAGGAUGACAUGUCCCCCCCAGUGAAAGUUGUGCCCCAGGUUGUGACCAAUAAAGAGCAUUCCAUAUGA